AUGUAUCCUCGUGCCGAUUGCAGAAAAGAUCAUGAACUGCUCAUUGCCAAAGUGAAACUAAGGUUUUGUAAUGUCAAGCAACCAUCAGCAACACCAAAAUUUGAUGUCGAAAUGAUCCCUGAUGCCUAUGAUAUAGAAAUAAAAAAUAUAUUUGACUCACUCAAUUUCACAGAAACAGAACCAGAAGAACUAUGGAAAGAUAUAAAAGUACAUAUCAAUGAUGUAGCGCAUCAACUCAUUUCAUACAAGAAGAAGGCAAAAUGGAUGUCAGAAACUAUGACAGUAGUAGCAGAACAACGAAGAAAGGCAAAAAUCAUUGGUAACCGAGAAAAAAUGCAAAGAUUAAAUGUAAAGUUCCAAAAAGAAGCUAGGAAAGAUAAAGGAAAAUUCUGGGAAGAACAGUGCAAAAAAAUGGAAGCAGCAACUCAGAAAGGCCUCAUUAGGCAAUGCUUCACUUAUGUGAAGAAAGCCUGA